GGUACCUGAAGGCAGCAUUCGGCCAUUUUGCCUGAAACUUGCGCCUGCGCAGUCCUGCGUGUCUGACCUUCAUCGGAGUAACCAUGUUCGCCCGGUGCAGCGCGUUGGUCUUCACCCCACAAUGUGGGCAGGUCAGGAACAUGGCUACCUUGAAGGACAUCACCAUUCGGUUGAAGUCCAUCAAGAACAUCCAGAAAAUCACAAAGUCCAUGAAAAUGGUGGCCGCUGCCAAGUAUGCUCGUGCUGAGAGGCAGCUGAAGCCAGCCCGAGUCUACGGCACCGGUGCUCUGGCUCUGUACGAGAAGGCCGACAUCAAAGUGCCAGAGGACAAGGCCGCCAAGCAUUUGAUCAUUGGAGUGACUUCUGACCGUGGACUCUGUGGUGCCAUCCACUCUGGUGUGGCUAAGGCCAUUAAGAGCGAGAUCGCCAACCUGACCAACACUGGCAAGGAGGUGAUGGUGAUCAAUGUGGGAGAUAAGCUGAGAGGCCUGCUGCACAGGACUCAUGGAAAGCACAUCAUGCUGAACUGUAAGGAAGUCGGCCGUAAGCCCCCCAGCUUCGGCGACGCUUCCAUCAUCGCCACGGAGCUGCUCAACUCUGGAUACGAGUUUGACCAGGGCUCCGUCAUCUUCAACAGAUUCAGGUCUGUAAUCUCAUACAAGACGGACCAGAAGCCUGUGUUUUCCACAGACACUGUUGCUAACUCAGAGAACAUGGGCAUCUAUGACGACAUUGAUGCUGAUGUGUUGAGAAACUACCAGGAGUUUGCUCUGGUCAACAUCCUCUACCUGGCCCUGAGGGAGUCCUCCACCAGUGAGCAGAGCGCCAGGAUGACUGCUAUGGACAGCGCCAGCAAGAACGCCUCUGAGAUGAUUGACAAGCUGACCCUCACCUUCAACCGUACCAGACAGGCCGUCAUCACCAAGGAGCUCAUUGAGAUCAUCUCUGGAGCUGCUGCUCUAUAAACGGGCGAGAUCAUCGUUUCCAUUGCCUAUAGCUCCUCAAAGUACUUCGGACAAGUGUUUGUCAAGAGUCUAAUGAACAUUUGUGCUUCUAUUUGUAAAAUAUAUUGAGAAAAUAAAGCUCUUACACAGAACCCUCAUCAGUUCCUCAGUCCCUGUAUCUGUCCUCACAAUAAAACCUGAUGUCUGAGACUGAA